UUGGUCAUCAUAUCAAAGGUGCCGACACCGAGUCGACCUACUGUUCUUUCUUAUACUGUGGCCGCAGUAAUGUGCCGUCAUGGCGACGUUGCCGCCGCGGAAAAAUCCAACUCCUACAAAAAUCUUGAAGCAGCACUUGACACCCUUACAAACCCUUCUGCAGCUGGGCUUUCCGAAACAUCGGGCGGAAAAAGCAUUAGCUGCGACAGGACAUCGUGGUGUGCAAUUAGCAUCAGAUUGGUUGCUGGCUCAUGUAAGAGAUCCAACUUUGGAUUCUGAUACACAACGGCAAUACGUUUUAUAUGCUUGCCCAUCUGGAUCGUUAGCUGAACAACUUGAGUUGUUUUGGUCAGAGAGUAAAGAACUAGGAUGGAAUGGUGCUCAUAAUUUCAUACCACAUAUUACUCUUGUCUCCUUCUUUACUGCUCCUGAUGAGUUCACAAAAGAAUUGGCAAAUAUUCUUGAAAAUGUGGUUCAUCAGGAUGGAUUGCAUGAACAUAUUGAACUGGAGACAUAUGUGUCGCCUAAUUUUAUGGGCCUCUUCGUCAAAGAUGUGAACGCGGAGUUGUUAAAGAACAUUGCUCUUUGCUACGUCAAUAAAAUUGCUGCUUUAGGUAUUACUGCCGAACCGCAAAUAAAGUCUUUGCAUCUCACGUUGGCUUACCAGUUCCCUGGUAAUUUGUUUCAAUCUUUCCGCUCGAUGGUCGAGAAGUUAGGACCAAACACCCCAACCAAUUGGGAGCUCAGAUUAUACUCAAGAGACUCAAGAUUGCAGAAUAUGCACGUGCACAAAGUAACGCAUGCUCACGUGCCACGGGAACACGACGAAUUGGAGUUAAGAGUAGGCGAUUACAUUUACGUUCCAGAAGGAGCGUGUAAUGCAUCCACGGAUGGUUGGGUGGAGGGUAUUUCUUGGUUGACUGGUAUAUCAGGUCAUCUGCCGUUGAAUCAUACCAAGAGGACGGCAGAAUCGGACUCGUGGACGUUACAUGCCACUAUGCCGAUCACCGACAACAAAUAUGAAAGUGCAGAAGAAGAGGAAGUACCGAAAGUCAGAAGACCACCUCCAGUUUUGUCUCCAAAUGAUUCUACCGAUGCACCCGAUGGAAUUCCUACUGCCGAGGAGCCGAUGGCAGCAUCAGAAGCAUCCGAAACACCAUUUAGAGAGAUCUUUAUAUGUCGACACGGCGAGAGAGUGGACUUCACGUUUGGCGCAUGGAUCCCGUAUUGCUUUAAGUCAAAUGGUUGUUACAUACGUCGUGAUUUGAACAUGCCCAAAGAAGUACCCUCUAGAAAUAUUCAGGACUUCCAAAACGAUAGCCCACUGACGACUGUAGGCGAGAUGCAGGCGAGUUUAGUAGGCGAAGCCAUGAAAUCGUCCAGUAUCAAGAUAGAUGUAGCUUUCACGUCGCCAUCGUUACGUUGCGUUCAAACACUCGCUCAUAUUCUCAAAGGACUAGAGUCUGACAUUCCAAUCAAAGUAGAGCCAGGCCUGAUAGAAUGGUUGGCAUGGUAUCCAAAUGGCAUACCUGUUUGGAUGACUUCCGAAGAGUUAACGAAGGCAGGUUUUAAUGUAGAUAUUGAUUACGAUCCGAUCGUAAAAGUUAAAGAGCUCCCGUUGAAAGAAAACGCUGCACAGUAUUAUGAACGCAGUUACAAGCUGAUCAAGAAAAUCAUAGAAAGCACAGUUGGUAAUAUUUUGAUAGUAGCACAUGCUGCUUCCUUGGCUGCUUGUACCAGACAGUUGACUGGUGGUAGAAUACCCCCGGCGGCUGAAAUUACUAGGUUAGUUCAAAGAGUACCUUAUCUGGCAUGUUUAACAGCACGUCAAGAUAUUGACGGCUGGCAGCUCCAUCCUCCUCCCUUUCCACCAAUCACUCAUACCAGUAAUAGUAGAUUUGAUUGGAAAGUUUUAAUGUAAUUUACUUUGCACAAACUUGUUGAAGAAGACGUUUUACAAAGCCUAUAUAUCAAUAUAAAAGACUGUUAUAAUACAAUGAAUUUUUAUGCAGAACUAUCUAAUCUCGAUUAUAUUAAAAUAAACAUUCAACGAAUUAAAAAAAAAAGGUUUUUUCUCAAAAACAUAUCAUUGAUGUACGAUAAUUUGGUAAAUAUGAUAAAAACUAGUCGAACGCGCACGACAGUAAAACAAUAUUUACUUCCUGAGAUCAUGAUUAAUACGGGUAUUGAAGUGUAGUUUAUUUUAUUACGGAUAUAGAACAAAUACUAGCCAAUAUAUUAUCAUAAUGAUCGUUAUUAAUAGUACAUUGAUCUGCUAAAUAUGUAAUAUAUAAGCGACAUACUAGUCUUGAUUGGAUGCAUUUUUUUACAGUUUUAGAUAAAGCACUGAACAAAGAAUUUUUUUAAAAAAAAGGUAAUAUUUAUAUAUUUUAAAAUAAUAUACUAUUUUCUAAUAUAGUAUUUAUAUAUUUAUCCUACAUACACAUUUUCUUUCUUUAACACAUUUUAAUAAAAUUAUAUAUCGAAAUAAAAGUAUACAGAAAAAUCGAUAAGGUGCUCUUGUACACAUUAUUCAGGAUCUAUUAAUUGAAAAAUGUUCCAUGCGAGCUUUAUUACUAUUUCUCGAAGAAUUUAGAAUUAUGACGUGUGUCAAUUAAGAGUGAAAUUAAUUCUAAUAUGAUAAUAUCUACAUUGCAUCAAAAUAAACUUUGAUGUACAGAAUGAAGGUAUACUUAUAAUAUCUUUAUCGAUGUUACCUUUUACAGAAAACUGUUUAUAUGUAUAUAUUUAGGUAUAUCAUUUCAAAGAUAUGUCUAAUGUUGUUUCGCUUUUAAAAUAGAUUGAACAUUUGUCGAACGUUGAUCAGAAACACAAGACAUUUUUAUAUAUAGGUAUAUACAUAUGUACAUAUAUGUAUAAAAAAGUUAGUGUAUAUAUAUAUAGGCAAUAUUUUAUUAAAUAUAUAUUCCUAUAUA